CGUUGAGAGAACGCAAGGAUGAUGCAUUCAUUCCUAACACCUAGAAAGUCGUGUAUGAUCAUCUGCAAACGCUCAGUUCGAACACAGCGUGCUAACCAUCUGCAUCAUCAAGCCCCUUAGCAUCAAGGAUUGUCGUCCUUCGUCACUCUUUCUUCUACGAUUCUGUACGUAUCGUUCUUGCUCAUAUUUUUCUUUGCUGUGGAUUCCACCACGUGGACACACGAACUCUCGUUGCCAUCCGUUGGCAGAUAGUCUGAAACAGGCCGAGGAUAGUCCUGCUUACAUGUGUUGGUAAUCAAACAAUACCAGUGGAUAAGAUUGCACACGGCACCCUUUUCGCCAUUGCAAAGAGGCCAUCAUAUUCUUCAUUUCCUAAUUUUCCCUGGAGAACGCCUACACACCGUACCCGACCUCGCCCUCAUCAUGGCAGCUCUUCGCUCCUGUCUCGCUCUUCUCGCCUGCACGGCUCUCGUGACCAUAUCUGCCCAAAUGGACGGGGCAUACUCGAAGAAAGAAGUCACCGAGGAGGACAUGGAGUUGCUUCAGAAAGCUCAGGGCAAUUCGAGCACAUACAAACCCGACGUCACUGCCCGCAUCUGCUAUCUCCAUGUCGACAGCCUCGAGGAGCAAGUCGUAUCUGGCACCAACUACAAGUUCCACGUCUCAGCUUGCAACGUCAACUCGGACAAUGAGCUGGGCGCGUGCAGUAACCUCAACUGCGACUCGUCCAAAUACGACAUUGUCAUCUACUCACAGCCAUGGACUAACACGCUAGAGGUGACGUCGAUUACAGCCGCGAAUUAAACGCCUCGCCGUCGGUAGCCGAAGUACAAAACUCGCAAAUUGAGGCUCACCUAUAGAUUGUCAUAUCGCAACUAUAACACGCGGUAAUCCUUUACACUGUUAACGAUUUAUCACUGCGAUCUUGGUCAAGACGGGCAACUUUUCACAGCUAAAGAAAACUAGUAUUAUUCUUUUUGAAUGAUAGCUUUGUGCCUACCAUAUCAAAGUCUACAUAGAUAAGAUGAUUACAUUUGUGAAUUUUAGAAGUGUCCGAAGCUGUUGCUAAGAUUUAGACCUCAGAUUAUCCAACAUUUGC